AUGGGUGGCUACAAGGGGCCUCGAAAAGUGUCUUUGGGAGGUAUAGGGCGCACCCCCGAAACAGAUGUGCUCUUGACAAAAGUUCUGGCCUCUUGCCCAGCGCUGGAGGAACUGGAGGUGUAUGCUUUUUCCCCCGAUUCGGCAUCAAUUGAGGUGAACCACCAAUCGUUUGUACUCCUGCUUCAGCAAGUCAAGGUUCGCAAGCUUUUCCUGUCGUGCGACGUGGACAAUGACUACAACUUGGAAAACAUCUUCCACCCUUUGAAAGACAACCACUUCCUGGAGGAACUGUCUAUCGACCUCCGUCUUCCGGCCACAGUGUGGAUGUUUGACGGUGGGUACACGCCGGCUGACGCCAUCUCACCCACAGGGUGGGAUUGGCUCUGUUACAGUCUCUGCCAGGUACUCUGCGGCAUUCUGGAAGAAUCGAACAUGACAUUGAAGAAAGUCGGCUGGUGUGAGAACGGGAAUUCCCCGUCUCGCCUCUACAAAGACGCAAUGGAUCCUGCUCGUUAUUUGGCAGCCCUCAAUUUCUUCGGACGCGGCCAAGUGCGACGUGGCGAAUGCGAGAACAUUGGGGAUCUACUUGCUGCUGCAAAAGUUGAGAUUAUGCACGACGACACCACAUAUGGAUUUGGGUUUGCUUCCAUUGGGUAUGGGUUGCUCCGCGAAUCUCCAUCAUUGUGGGCGCAAGUUUGA